GUGAUGCUGUGUGUGAUUGCUACCCCUGCAGGGAGGGGAGGGGGGAGUCAAGCCGUUUGUCACUUGUUCUCCUGUUGUGUGUGGGCGUCUUGCGCGGGCUUUCUUCCUCCUGGCUUGUGCCUUUUAUUUCGGUUUUGGAGUUCUAUAUGUUAGAAGUUUAACUUAAUUUUGUCACUAACAAUGGAUGAUAUCAUUAAAAAAGAAAAGGAAUCCCUUCGGCAUGGGAUUCAAGAAGCAUAUUUAUGUGCGGAGUUCCUUACUAAAUAUGUUGAGAAAGGAAAUGAAAGAGACACUCACUUAAAAAAUUUGGAAGGACUAGUUCAAAAUUAUUGUUUGCUAGAUUAUCAUCUAGAUAUUAGACCUGGCCUUGUGGCACGAAUGUCUCAGGAUGAAAACAAGAAGAUUGCUCAAAAAGAGAAUUCGGAGACUGCUGAAUUACCAGAGGGUAACACUAACUACCAGGCGAUCCUCUGUGAGAAAGUUGCUAGUGCCAUUAAAAAUCAUAAUGUUAAGGAUCAUGAGAAAUUGAAGGACUAUACAAAGAAAGUUAAAAGAUUAAUUAAUGUUGCGGAUGGUACAGGAGAUGAUGAUGAUCUUAUGGUAACUGAAGAAUCAGAAAAUCUUCUGGAUCCUCUUUCAAAGACUGAGCUUGUUGAUCCUGUUAUCAGUAUCAAAUGCAGGCAUCGCUUCAGUAGGAAAACUAUCAUGGAGCAUCUUACCCAUGGAAGACAUGGGUCUCAGUGUCCAUAUGUCGGUUGUAAAGCAAAACUAACACCAGACGAUUUAGAGGAUGAUCUUAUUGCUGCACAGAUCGUAAAGAGAUCACAGUAUCAACGUCAGCUGCAUUAAUGCGUCAUGUCGACUCUUUAUUUUCCUACACUGUACGUUUACAAUUGACUAUAACCUUUGAAGUAUUAUUAAUAUCAUUAAAAUGCAUCACCUCUUA